CGCGCGCAACUACCUGCAUUAACUGGGUUGCCGACUAGGCGCCACUCUGCCCCGCUAUAUAAGCGCACCGAUCGAGCUCGGUCCUCUUCGUCCAGCUCCAGAGCAGCAGGGUUACCACUAGCUACUUGACUCUACCAGUGAGCUCUCUGCUUGGCCCGACAUGGGGAGGGCGCCGAGGGGUGUGUGGAACAUGGCGCUUCUGGGGCUGGCCGUCGCGGUGGUUCUCGCGGUGGCCGCCGAGGCGCGGUCCUUGGAGAAGCAGAGCUUGUGCGGUGGCGGGUGUGGGCUUGGUGGCGGUGGAGGGUACGGCGGCGGCGGCGGUGUUGGGCUUGGCGGUGGCCUUGGGCACGGUGGAGGGCUUGGGUUUGGAGGAGGGAAAGGUGGUGGGUUCGGCGGGGGUGCAGGUGGUGGAGGCGGCCUCGGUGGUGGGGGUGGUUUAGGGGGUGGCUCCGGUGGAGGCGGAGGGCUUGGGGGUGGUUAUGGCGGCGGUGCCGGUGGAGGAGUUGGUGGUGGCUCCGGGGGAGGCGGAGGGCUUGGUGGUGGUUCCGGGGGAGGUGGUGGACUUGGUGGAGGAGGAGGAGCUGGGGCUGGUGGUGGCUACGGUGGAGGAGCCGGUGGAGGCACUGGCGGCGGCUACGGUGGAGGCGCUGGUGCUGGAGGUGGUGCCGGAGGCGGCUACGGUGGAGGCGCCGGUGCUGGAGGUGGUGCCGGAGGCGGCUACGGUGGAGGUGCCGGUACAGGUGGCGGCUAUGGUGGAGGAGCUGGUGGAGGCAGCGGCGGUGGAUAUGGCGGAGGUGCAGGCUCAGGAGGCGGCGCCGGCGCCGGCGGCGGCUACGGUGGAGGCGCUGGCGGUGGUGCCGGUGGUGGCUACGGUGGAGGUGCUGGCGGUGGCGCAGGUGGAGGCUACGGUGGCGGUGCUGGCACUGGUGGUGGCUUUGGCUCUGGCGGCGGUGGAGGCUAUGGCGGUGGUGCCGGGGGUGGCAUCGGCGGCCGUGUCUGAUUCAGCCUCUGACAUGCAUGGCGAGCGCAUGCAAGUGUUCUUCUACGCACACCCUUGACGGUCAGGUGUGGAGUCAAGCAUGUCCUCGCUGCUAUAGGCCUAUACCGAUCACACUCUCCGCGUGACAACCGUAAUAAACAGAAAAAUAACGUUACGAUAUAUAUGUUUAGUCGAUGGUAAUUGUACAACGGUUUAUACGGUAUAUAUACACUACACACUGUUAGCGGCAAGGUCAACGGACCACAUCGCAUUUGUACUGUCCUGUACUGUAUUUCGUCGGAAUAAACAAAUUAUCAUGAGCUAGCA